CACAGUAUCGUUUGGACAAUUCACGAAUGUACUUCCUUAGAACAUUGCUUUGUUUUGGCACUUAAAAUCGAUCAAAACAGUUCUCAUGUCACAGUAUAUAAAUAAAAUGUCGCAUGUUGAAGACAAGUGGAUAAAAGAAAUAACAACAACAAUUAUUGAGAAUCUUGGAUCGAACGUUGAUGAAGCUCAAUAUGAAGUUUGCGGAUUCACCAACUAUAUAAUGUCUAUACAGUACUAUUUAAAUGUAAAGUUUAAAAACAAGAACAGUCACAGCGAGGAAGUUUCUAUAAUAUUGAAAAGACCAACGCAGAGCGAAAGAAAUAGAGUACUGAAUCGUACUGAUUAUCAGUUCCAUAAUGAGAUACUGUUUUAUCGGAUGUACAUUCAGCCCGGUGAACAUUUUGCAAAAUGCUUUUACGCCAAUGAACAACCACCCUUUGAUUCGGUAAUCGCCUUGGAAAACAUCAGCAAACGAGGAUACUGUCCUUGUCCAUAUAUGUAUGACAUUCCUCUGGAAUAUACAUUAGCGGCAUUUCGUGAGAUGGGACGAUUCCACGGUAAAGGAUACGUUAUGAAGGAGCUGCAGUGCGAAAAGUUUUUCGAUAUUAUGAAACAAAUUCAAGAAAUUAGAUACGAUGCGAUGUGUGAAUGGAAGCAUUUCGUCGAUGUAAACGCAACACGAGCGGUGGAAUAUCUUCGCAAUCAUGGUCACGAUGUAACCUUCUGCGAUAAAAUGGAAGCUUUACUCUCGCAAGCGUUUGACAAAGUGCUGAUGAAGAUAGUAGAGCCGCGAGAGCCAUUGUCCACGUUGUGUCAUGGCGAUUUUACAUUGAGCAAUAUUCUCUUCAAGACGGAAAACGGUAAACAUGACGCAAUACUAAUCGAUUUCGCGCUUUGUAGAUACUCGACUCCCGUCAUUGAUCUUUCCACGUAUAUUUGUCUGUGCUGCUCGAAUGAAAUGAUAAAAGACAAAUUCUUCGAAAUAAUGCGAGUUUAUCACGAUGCAUUGAAAAAAUAUCUUCUGGAGGCUGGCGUUUCGAAUAUCGAGAAAUACUCGUAUGAGGCUUUGCUGGACGAUUACAAGAGAGGUGGUCUCUUUGGUUUCAUCAUCGCAUCCUUCUUUUUACCGAUAUUAAGAGGGUAUUACACUCUAGAUCCUGAACAAUUAGUAUGUUUGACAGUAGGUAAAGGGAAUAUAAAGCAAUACGGCGGAGACGAAAUAUCCAAGAUAUUAGCUGACAUGUUAUUACAUUUGAUGGAUUUUGGUUGUUUAACAUAUUUUUAAUAACAAUGCGUUUA